AUGUCAACUGGCAGCUUGGGAAACAAAAAACAACACGUUACAACAAUGAGACCACAUCCUCAGCCGCAUAUACCAGUCUUCCGCCAUGAGUUUAUAAUCACCAAGAGUUUCUCGAGGGAGAUCAUUCGAACUGUCAUUCAUGCGAUCCUCUUCCACCGAGUCUUUGGUUCCGUCCAGCCGAAAGAAGUCGAAGUCUUAGGAAUCACAUUCCCCCAGGUCGUCGAGUCUGAAAUCGAAAGUCUCGUCAACGAACGUGCCGAACGGGCAGCCCUCGCAUUAGAACAUAAAGCACCCUCAGUAUUGCUAUCGAUCAGAUUCCUGGAGACCCGAUUGACCAACCAUCCCAGCCACAACAAAGACGACAAAUCAUGGUUCAAAUCCAGCUCAUCACCAUCACCAUCAUCAAGCCCCAGCAAACAUAAACAGGAAGAGGAGCAGGAGCAGGACGAGGGCCUGGUCUGGGAAAAGUGGGAGAUCGGCUUCAAGAUCCAUUCGAUCCCUCACUCAUAUCCCUCCGCCUCUCCUAAGAAUACCGGUCGCAAUCUCUUGUUCAAUCCGAUUGGCUAUCUGAGCGCCAAGUCCGAUAACUCAUCAGACCACUUGGAGUCUUUCAGGUCUAUCCAACAACAACUGAAUCAAUUCUUGAGCCGGCUGAUUGAUUUUGUCUUGAACGAACGAGACCAUGUGCCAGCCAUCACCAACUCUGACCUACUCCCAUUUCCAGUCGAUAUCUCAUUGCUACCCCUGUCGAACGGCUAA